CUCAAUCACUCUCUUUGACACUCGAUAAUUGGUGGGUUGCAAGCCCACCCUGGCUCGUAUACCCUGCAUAAUUUCGGCGCUAGUCAAUAUUUGGCCUAUAGCCAAGCCGGUACUAAGCAUCGUGUAGGAAACGCCUUCAAAGCUGCGAGAUAGCUUCGUGGGGCCUGCCUGUUGAUGGUCCCUGCGGAGAUGGCAAUGGCACUUUCUCCUUUUUAAUCAUUCCCGGGAGCCUCUUUCUUUUUUUUCUGCUGUUGCGACCUUUAUUUUUGUUCCAAGGUUCAUCUCCAAUUCAGAAGUAUUUUGCUUUCGGUCCGAGAAAGAAAUAGCUGUUGGCGUCUCUCGUUUCACCCGGCUGUCUGUUUCCUCUUCUCUCACUCUCGUUCAUACAUAAAUAAACAACAUAUUGCUCUUAAUACAUAAUUCUUCCAAAAACCCUCUCUUCUUGAUUUAGUUCGGUCUUCUUUUUUGGUAUUAAGAGUAUCCAACAUACACACAUAUACUCUAGAUAAUCAACUACCAGUUCUCUCUUCGUCUACCGUAGCCCGAUAAUCAACCACACAAAAGCCAAGAUGUUCUCGCUCAGACUCGUACUUGUUGCUGCUACGGCCCUGGUUGCCCAGGCUGCCGCCACCGACUACCCGAUCGAUCCCUCUUCGGUGCCUUUGGCUACCCGCAAGAACUGGUGCUCAUCCGAGACCACUCAGUGCCCGCUCAUCUGCCUCGACACCGGCGCCAGCGGAAAGCCCCGGGACAACUCUUGCGAUCCCAUGACGCUGAACUAUGCCUGCGUUUGUUCCAACGGCAACUCCCCCAACCUCACCGAGUACUCUCUCACCAUGCCCUACCACAAGUGCACACAGUUCCAGGUCAACUGUGUUGCCGCUUGCGGUCUUUCCGACAAUCAGUGCUCUGAGAACUGCAGGGUCAACAACCCCUGCGGUGCCGCCAGCCCCAAGGGUGCCAACUCCUCCGCCACCGUCGCCGCCACGUCGUCCACCUCUACCGCCGCCAACACCAUUCAGACUGGCUUCGCCGGAUCCGGCAGCAACAACGGCAACAGUGGCUCGGGUGCGAACAUGGCUGCCCCUCUGUCUUUGGGUGCUGCCAUCACGGCUCUCCUUGUUGCCCCCUUCUUGAUGCUGUAGAGUGGCGCAGCUUUAUGAGUUGACAGGACAUGACCUCGAACUUUGAAGAAUCAGAGUGUUUGGAAUGAACCAUUUUGUAUGCAGCGCAGCUCGCUGCGAUGAGUAAUGGCUAUUGCUUUAUAAAGCCGAGUCGUAUAUUCUGGAUAAUUAGUCAAUGGAGAGUUCCUUACAUCAAA